ACAGAUAAAUCAUCCCGGACGACAAAAAAAAUGCCUGUUCUAACUGUUAAAAGAAUUGAAUAUCUUUCUCCAAUUGAUAGUGUAAAUAAAAAUGUAAACAUCUAUGUCUGCUGCUAUUGUAAUCGAAAGUUUGGACAAAAGCCUAGAAAGAAUGAACAUGAAAAAAUCUGCUCUCGCAAUCGAAUGAUGAACAAAAUGAUAUUACGUGACAGAUAUUGUUGUGACAAUUGUGGCAGCAGCUUCAAACGAGAAAGCACUUUAUACGCUCAUGAAACAUCCAACUGUUGCAAAACCUACGAGUGCAAAAAAGUUGAAAAAGAUGUCACCCAAAAAAGACCGCUUCCAGACGUAACAAGAAUUGAACAUCCAACUCCAUUAAAAGAAGUUAAUGACAAUAUAAAAAUCCAUUUAUGCCGCUUUUGUAAUCGAAAGUUUGGACAAAAAGCUGGAAAGAAUAAACAUGAAAGAUUCUGCACUUGCAAUCCAAUGAUUGACGAAAGCAUAUUACGCGACAGAUUUUGUUGUGACAAGUGUGGCAGUAGCUUUGAACAUAAACGUACUUUAUACGCCCAUGAAAAAUCAAAUUGUUGCAACGCACCCAAGUGCAAAGAAGUUAAAAAAGACAUCAUCAAUAAAAGGCCGCUUCUAAAAGUAAAAAGAAUUCAACAUCCAACUCCAUUAAAAGAAGUUAAUGACAAUAUAAACAUCCAUUUAUGCCGCUUUUGUAAUCGAAAGUUUAAUGUUAAAGCUAGAAAGGACCAACAUGAAAAAUUCUGCACUCGCAAUCCAAUGAUUGACGAAAGCAUAUUACGCGACCGAUUUUGUUGUGACAAUUGUGGCAGCAGCUUCAAACAAAAACAGGCUUUAGACGCCCAUGAAAAAUCAAAUUGUUGCAACACACCCAAGUGCAAAAAAGAUGAGAAAGAGAUCACCAAUGAAAUGCCAGUUCUAAAAAUACAAAGAAUUGAACAUCCAACUCCAUUAAAAGAAGAUAGUGACAAUAAGAACAUCCAUUUAUGCCGCUUUUGUAAUCGAAAGUUUGAAGAUAAAAGUAGAAAGAAUAACCAUGAAAAAAUCUGCACUCGCUAUCGAAAAAUGAAGAAGAGAAUGUUACGUGGUAGAUUUUGUUGUAACAACUGUGAUUGUAGCUAUAAACAUAAAUGCAAUUUAUACACCCACAAAAAAUUCUAUUGUGAUAACAAACCAGAAAAGUGCAAAAUAUGUAACAAAAUUUUUGCAAAUCCACGUAUUUUAAAGUAUCAUAUUGAAAAACACCACUAAAGAAAUACCACUAGUACUCGAUUGCAUAAAUGACAAUUUAUGAUAUAAAUGGGUCUUAUGGAAAAAUUUGGCCUUGAAAAGCAGUUUGAUAAUGAUAAAUUAUUAAAUGAAAAUUUUAUUUUUUUUAUUUUAUUUUUUAUUUUUUUAUUAUUAUUAAUGCAUAUUAUUUUAAAAAUUGCAGUUAUGUUUUUAAUUAACAGCAACUAGUCUAAAAUUACUUCGUGUUUAUAUUGUUGUGAUACUGAAACGUGGAAUCAUAUAUUAGUUAUUUAAAUAACUGUUGUCUGCUAUUGCUCAAAAGUACAGUGAAAAAGAUACUAUUUUUUACCAAAGAAAAUUACUAUAUUGAAAGUGUAGAUUUUAUUACAAUAAUGAAAAUCGUAUUUUUUUCUUUAGUUUUAAAGUGUCUUAAGACAUCGUUAUUUUUCCAAAUGAUAUUAUUUUUUAUAAAAUAUUUAAUGUAGCAUAAAUGAAUAUUAAAUGUCCAUAUGCAAAAACACGAGAAACACUAUAUUAAGUGUUCGAUGGCAUAAAUGAAAAUUAUUAUUUCAAAGAAAUUUGUGGCUAAAUUUCGCCAUUAAAAAUCGUUUAAUAAUUUUUAAAGUUGUUAAAUGAAAAUUACUUUUAUUUUUAUAUUAAUGUAUAUUGUUUUAUAAAUUGUCGUUAUGUCUUCAAUUAACAGCAAAUCGUUUAUAAUGUUGUUAUACAGAAAUCUGGAAUCGCCGGUUAUAUAAAUGGCUGUCGUCUGCUGUUGCAAAAAGUACAGUGAAAAUUGUUAAAAAGUCACUACUUUUUACCAAAGAAAAUUACUAUAUUCAAAGUGUAAAUUCUAUUACAAUAAUGAAAAUUUUGUGUUUCUUUUCUUUAGUUUUAAAAUAUCUUAAGACACCGUUAUUUUUCUAAAUGAUAUUAUUAUUUUUUUGUUUAAAUACACUUUGUUGUAGUUUGAAAAUUGUUUAGGGAAAGGAAAUAUAUUUUUUUAAAUUUUUAUUGCGUUCUUUUUGAUGGAUUUGCAUUGCAUUAUAACAUUAUUUAUACGAAAGUGAUUACGUGAAUCAAAUUGAUGCCAUAAAUUGCAAUCAAUUUAUGGUUUAAAUAAAAAAUUAUAAUUUGAUCUACAUUUUGCUAUCAGUUCGUUGGAUCUAAACUUUUGACAAUAACUAGAUUCACUUUAGUGUCAAUUUGGUACUUUCAACAAAACAAAUAAUUUAAUGAAUUGAAUUAAUGUUGUCUGACAUUCCAAAUUGUAUUUGCUACAUUUAUCUGUUACAUUUAUUUGUUACAUUUAUCUACUCAACUUUUUUGUUCGUUAUUUAUUUGUUUACUAUUGAUGCUUAUAUUUAUCAACAAUUACAAAAGAGAAAAUUUUUAUUCGAUGUAAUUUUGUGUUUUUUUUUAUGUUACAGAUGGAACGGUGAUAACGACAAAUAUGCCGCAACUUACUGUAAGAAGAAUAGAACAGCUAAACACAUUGGAAGAUGAAAACAAGAGUGGAGACUUCUUUUUAUGCCGCUAUUGUAAUUUAAAGUUUGUCAUGAAAUACAAGAGAGCAAUUCACGAAGGAAACUGCAGUCGCAAUGAAAAAAUUAAUAAAACCAUCUUACGUGAUAGGUUUUGUUGCAACAAUUGUGGUUGUCACUUUAAUCGAAGAGAUAAUUUAAUUCAACACACAAAUAAGAAUUGCGGUGUAAUACACAAGUGCGAGAAGUGUAAUAAAAUUUUCGGAACAAUACUUAGCUUGAAGAAACAUAUUCGAAACUAUCAAUGUCAAUAGUAUGGGACGGUGAUAACGACAAAAAUGCCGCAACUUACUGUGAGAAGAAUAGAACUGCUAAACACAUUGGAAGAUGAAAACAAGAGUGGAGACUUCUUUUUAUGCCGCUAUUGUAAUUUGAAGUUUGUCAAGAAAUACAAGAGAACAAUUCACGAAGGAAACUGCAGUCGCAAUGAAAAAAUUAGUAUAAACUUCUUACGUAACAGGUUUUGUUGCAAAAAUUGUGGUUGUCACUUUAAUCGAAGAGAAACUUUAGUAACACACACAAAUAAGGAUUGCGGUGUAAUACACAAGUGCGAGAAGUGUAAUAAAAUUUUUGGAACAAUACUUGGCAAGAGGAAACAUAUUCGAAACUAUCAAUGUCAAUAGUGUACGUAACGUAACGUCCCCUCUGUUGUCUUUGUUUUUUUAUGCGCGUCGGCGCCUGCGCCACUCUUUUUUUCAUUGGUCGAAAAAACCGCUAUUAUUUAAAGUGCUUUAAAAGUGUUUUUUCCAAUGGAAAAAUAAUUUAAACUUAAGCAUUUAAUUUCAGGCCUUCAAGCUAGAAGCUUUUUUGUUUUCUUAACAAGUAUUUCGAAUAAGCGCGUUAUUUUUUACCAAUUGAAAGGGGAAAAAAAGUAGUGACGCAGGAGAAAAAAGAACCGCGCAACCGCUAACGCGCCUGCGCGUUUCUUUUUUCCCCUGCCUCACUACUUUUUUUUCCUUUCUACUAUUUUUUUAAUAGAAAAUAAAUAAAUGUGAAGCACUUCCAAUUGUGGUAGUAAUUUUAAUCGAAAGAAGCCUUUAAUACAACAUACAAAUAAUGAUUGUGACAAAAACGUGUAAAACGAUUGUAAUUAUUGUGAAAAACGUGUGGUAAAAUUUUUGGAACAUUAGGCAGUCUGCAUAGACAUCAUCCGAAAGAUGAAUGUGACAAUCGUCAUCGAUAAGCGACGAAACUCUUUAAAGAAUAUAAUUUAGAUAGUUAUUAAUUAUUAAAUUAAGUUUUCGAUUCCUUUAUUUCUAGUGGAAUGUAGUAGAAUAAUUUUCUUGAUAAUUAAUUAAUAGUAAAUUUCCAUUUUUUUUUACUAUUUAUCAUAUUACUGUUUGCAUUUGAAAAGAACUAUUUCUUGUAUAAAAAAAUUUAUAUUAAUACUAAUAUUAGUAUUUUAAUACCAAUAACACAAUUGUAACUUGUUCUGUAUUUCUGUACAUCAUAAAAUAAACCAAUUUUUAAUUGAA